AUGGGAUGGUUAGGUCGUGAGAGGGAGAAAAAGCAGAGGGGUGUGUUGGGGAAGGCUGAGAUGGGGGAGGUUGUGGAGUUGGGAUUUGUGAACGGCAAUGGCUACGGCUUCUACAACUCAUCCUACGGGGAAAACCCCGACCAGGUUUACGCAAUCGGGCUAUGUCGAGGGGAUGUCACGGUGGACAAUUGCCGUGGCUGCCUCAGCAACGCCACACAACGGCUCACACAGGAUUGUCCCAAUCAAAAGGAAGCUUUCGGCGUAAUUGAACAGUGCACGCUUCGCUACUCCAACCGCUCCAUCUACGGAGCCAUGGAAACUUUCCCUGCUCUCAUGUGGUAUAACCCACAGAACGUGACCUCCGACGUCGACGGGUUUUUUCAAGAACUGAAGACGCUACUGGAGGACCUAAGGGGUCAAGCUGCAGGGAACGGUUCACUUCGAAAAUUUGCGGCAGAGACCGCAACCGCUAUCAACUUCCAAACAAUCUAUGGACUUGCGCAGUGUACGCCGGAUUUGACCGAGCAGGUCUGCAGUGAUUGCUUGGGUAGUUCUUUGGCAGAUAUUCCAAAAUAUUUUCAGGGGAUGCAAGGAUCGAAGAGUAACAGAUCUCAGACUGUCAUCAUUAUUGUUGUGCCAAUUGUUGUUUAUGUUAUAUUCUUCUGCAUUUGUUUAAGAGUAAGGAGGACAAAGAAAAAACUUGAAACUGGGAAGUUAAUUCAAGGUAAGGACGCAACUCUAGUGAACAUUAAUUAA